AGGGUCUCGAGCCGGCCGCCGUAGUCGAGGUAACUGUAAUGGGGAAGUAAACAGUAGCGGCGUGAAGUUAAUUGAGCUCUGAUAAAGCGGUUGUUUUUGGUUUCAGGGUUGGAGAGAUCAGUCGCCGCAGCGUUAGAGGACGCUUAGCCCCUCCCAGUCCCAUUAGGAGAGUCUUUGUUGAGGCCUGGGACAUCACUGGAGAGAAGUAUGAGAUGCUGCUGUGGCAUAGGGGCCUAGACCACUGAGGCCUCCACCGCUGGAGCACCAAAAAAGACCUGUGACAUCCAGGACAACCCCCAGCUGCAGAAGCAGUCCCAGUACCACCGCUACCUCUUUCUCUUCUCUUCCUCCUCACUUCUAGCAGAAAACGAUGUGUUAUUGUUAUAAAUUCACUGCUGUCACUGUUACCCUGACAUUUCAAAAGUUAAUGGUAUAAAAUGUGAAAUUAAUGAUAAUGUAAAUUUUCUCAACCUGCAUGUGAAAUGCUCUGGCGCUGAAGACAGGUGACUUGAGUAUUCAGUUAGAGAUUGAGUUGCUGUUAAGGACACUUGUGGCGGGUGCAGGCAUCCCAACCCCCUGGGGAUGAUGCCAUUGUGUCAAAGAUGGAUAUUGUGUGUUUCCGUUUACCUGGGCAUGGCGACGUUGCCCUCAGGAACAUGAACUCUCUACGGGAGCAGCUGCACUUCUGUGAUAUCACCAUCAUGGCUGGAGGCAAGAGGAUGUUCUGUGGUCAUAAAGUGGUGCUAGCCGCCUGCUCCGCCUUUCUCAGGGACCAGUUUCUGCUGAACCCCUCUGCGCAGUUGCAGCAGGUGUCAGUGUUGCACAGCUCGACAGUGAUGCGGGAGCUCCUGCAGUCCUGUUACACAGGGAUUCUGCAGUUUAGUGCCAAAGAGAUUGUAAAUUACCUGACUGCAGCCAGCUACCUCCAAAUGGAGCAUGUGGUGGAGAAAUGCAGGGGCGCCCUGAGCCGGUACCUGCAGCCUAAGAACGACAAUCCACUAGGAAUGAAAGCAGAGGAUUCCCAGUCCAUACCGGUGAUCGUCAGUGGAAGUGCAUCAGCUACUUCUGAUCACACGUCAUCCCUGCAGCCUCACAGCUCAGAGGAGGAUCCCCAGCCCACUGAUGUGGAAGGCCCUGGUGUCCAGCACGAAGAUGAUGAGGACUUGUCCAUUCGACAGGUUAGAGCCCCAGAUCCCUCUGGAUGUAUUCAAGAGGACGAGGUGAGAAAUGACUUCAGCGUAUUUCAGGUUCACAUCAAGGAUGACCACCAAGACCCAGAAGAUAAUGCUGAUGUCCAUGAACAGGUUGGAGAUGCAAUGGAGGUGAUGGGAGUGCCGACACGUGGUGAGGAGCAGAGCAGGGAGGAAGGUGGAGCUGCAGGUAGCAGCCAGAGGGCUGGAGUCCGCUACUGGAGGCGGAGAUAUGGUGAGCCGAGGAGAGGCAGGGGGCGGGGCUUCAAGCACAGGAGGCGCUACACUUUCCAUGAGCGGAGGCCUAUGGGUAACUUUCAACAAGCUUGGCGCUUUCCCACCUCUGAAGAGAUAAUGGGUAAUUUCGGGGCCGAUAUCGGACAAGAUUACCUGUCGGCCCAACCUAUGACAGAUGGUCCACUACCAGUGGAGUACCAGCAGGCAGAAGGCCCUGGAAACAUACCAGGCACUGACUCUGGUCCAGCCCACUUUAAUCUGGAUGGCUCUGGCGCUGAUGAAGAUUUAGGAGUGGUGCCGUUACCCACAGACGAGGAAGGUAGGGGGGACGACUCCGUAGCCGUUGUAGGGUCUACAUCUUGUGUCACAGGGACAGUAGCAUGUGAGCACUGUGGCCUAGCCUUCUCUUCAGUGCAGGACCUGGCCGUCCACUCACGCUCCACUCACCUGCUGUACGUCUGCCCGUGCUGCGGCAAGCACUUCAGCCACUCCAGCAACCUCAGCCGCCACAUGGUGGUCCACCGCACGUCCAAACUCCACACCUGCCCCCUGUGCCACAAGACCUUCACGCAGAAGUCCACGCUGUGCGAUCACAUGAACAUGCACAGCGGCGAGCGGCCGCACGUCUGCGCCUUCUGCCACGUCUGCUUCGCCCACAAGCCCGCCCUGCGGCGCCACCUGAAGGAACAGCACGGCAAGACCACCGCGCAAAAUUACAUGGAGAUCCAGCGAGAGAGUGAGGGAGUGGUUGGAGGAGAGGUUUAAGGUGACUACAGCUUAGCUGGAAUAUUAAGUAGCCUUAGAGAGGAACAGAUAGAUUACAUAGAGGCCUUAUGUGUCUCUCAGUUUGCUGAGGUUUAAAGGGAAGAUCCUGACACAGACUGCUUAAGUUCUGCUUAGACAGUUUACACUAGGGCUGCACGAUAUGGACAAUAUAUUAUACUGAUACACUAGUUAUAUGCUACAUAUUGCAACUACAUUAUAACUUGCAACUGCUUGAGCAUAUUGAUGAACCUCUACAGCGGUUUGUUGGUUAUGUGACAGCAUUGCAAGACCAAUAUUGUGAUAACGAUUAACAAUGUAUUGUGCAGCCCUACUUUACUCACUUCUCAUGCACUUGUUGCCAAAUGGUAUCUACAACUUGGCCAACCUAUCAGUGAUAACGCUAAAUCACUUAUGUAAACAGUUGUAAUACCCCAGUAUAAGAGCAGAGCUAGACAAAAAUUACAUGCAUGCCAGGUCAGGAUUUGCUCAACAUGUAUUAGUGAGGCAUGCCCUAGUCCUGAACUAACUGCCUAAAGCCCAUGUGUAUACUUAAGUCGCACUCACGGGUUGAAAUUUGCAUGGGAAAAGCACCUGGGUGUCAGGAUCUAGACCUGGCUUUGUAGGCAAGUUCAGUGGUGUUGACUCUUAUGUUGGCCAUGCUCUUGAAGCUGGUCACAAACUUAAAUAUAUCUGUGCCUCAUCACUGAGUGAAUUAGAAAACACUAUGUUAACGGACUAUAGUAUUGGGGGGAAAACAAGAACAAACUCUGUGUCAGUUUAAUUGCAGUGUAUGUGUAUGUAUGUAUCCAGUAACUAGCCUAUGUGGCAAUUCAAUAAACUAGUUAAUAACAAGUUGGUACUGUUGUAGUUGAGUAUUCAUGUCCCAUGUUUUUAGACUUGUUUCAUGCUGUAUGUUUAGAUUUCAAGCAUGUCCUGACCAGUGAUGAAUUAAAAGCAGGCAAGUUCAUUUCUCGCCCAUUCCCUUUCUGCCAUUAAAACAUUAAAUCGAUGAACUAUGAUUUUUGAA